CCCGGUCCGCCCCCGCGCCGCCCGCGCUCCCGCCGCCUCCCAGGAGCUGCGUCCCGUCCUGUCCAGUCCAGUCCCUGGCGCGGCCCGGCCCGUGAGCUUGCUCCGGCCGCCUUCCGCCGUCCUCCGCCCGCGCCAUGGCCAGCCUGCGGCCGUCCGGCCGGGCUCCCCUGCAGCCACUGCUGCUGCUCCUGGUGGUGGCCGCGCGCGCCCUGCCCGGCGCCGACGGGACGUGCCCCGAACGCGCGCUGGAGAGGCGGGAGGAGGAGGCGAACGUGGUGCUCACCGGCACCGUGGAGGAGAUCCUCAACGUGGACCCGGUGCAGCACACGUACUCGUGCAAGGUUCGGGUCUGGCGGUACUUGAAGGGCAAAGAUGUGGUGGCCCAGGAGAGCCUGCUGGAUGGAGGCAACAAGGUGGUGAUUGGCGGCUUCGGAGACCCCCUCAUCUGUGACAACCAGGUGUCCACUGGGGACACCAGGAUCUUCUUUGUGAACCCCGCCCCGCCGUACCUGUGGCCGGCCCACAAGAAUGAGCUCAUGCUCAACUCCAGCCUCAUGCGCAUCACCCUGCGGAACCUGGAGGAGGUAGAGCACUGCGUGGAAGACAAACCUGGGACCCACUUCACGCCAGUGCCCCCAACGCCUCCGGAUGCGUGCCGAGGAAUGCUGUGUGGCUUCGGCGCCGUCUGCGAGCCCAGCGCGGAGGAGCCGGGCCGAGCCUCCUGCGUGUGCAAGAAGAGCCCCUGCCCCAGCGUGGUGGCACCCGUGUGCGGCUCAGAUGCCUCCACCUACAGCAACGAGUGCGAGCUGCAGCGGGCGCAGUGCAGCCAGCAGAGGCGCAUCCGCCUGCUGCGCCGGGGGCCCUGCGGGACCAGGGACCCCUGCUCCAAUGUAACCUGCAGCUUUGGCAGCACCUGUGCACGCUCCGCGGAUGGACUGACAGCCACGUGCCUGUGCCCUGCCACGUGCCUGGGGGCCCCCGAGGGCCCCGUGUGUGGCAGCGACGGCACUGACUACCCCAGCGAGUGCCAGCUCUUGCGGCAAGCCUGCGCCCACCAGGAAAACGUGUUCAAGAAGUUCGACGGCCCUUGCGACCCCUGCCAGGGCUCCCUCAACGACCUGAGCCGCAUCUGCCGUGUGGACCCACGCACGCGGCGCCCCAAGAUGCUCCUGCGGCCAGAGAGCUGCCCUCCGAGGCAGGCGCCCGUGUGUGGGGAUGAUGGGGUUACCUACGGUAACGACUGUGUCAUGGGCCGAACCGGGGCCAUCCGAGGCCUCCUCCUCCAGAAAGUGCGCUCUGGCCAGUGCCAGCCUCAAGACCAGUGCCCAGAAGCGUGCAAGUUCAGUGCCGUGUGUCUGUCCCACCGAGGCCACCCCCGCUGUUCCUGCGACCGUGUCAUCUGUGAUGGGGCCUACAAACCCGUGUGCGCCCACGACGGGCACACAUACGACAAUGACUGCUGGCGCCAGCAGGCCGAGUGUCAGCAGCAGCGCAGCCUGCCCGCCAAACACCAGGGCCCGUGUGACCAGCCCCCGUCCCCAUGCCGCGGGGUGCAGUGUCCAUUUGGGGCGAUGUGUGCUGUGAAGAAUGGGGAAGCCGAGUGUGCGUGUCAGCAAGCGUGUUCAGGCAUCUACGAUCCCGUGUGUGGCAGCGAUGGCGUCACGUACGGCAGCACGUGCGAGCUGGAGGCUACGGCCUGCGCCCUUGGGCGGGAGAUCCGGGUGGCUCGCCGAGGACCCUGUGACCGCUGUGGGCAGUGCCGCUUUGGAGCCCUGUGCGAGGCUGAGACCGGGCGCUGCGUGUGCCCCUCCGAGUGCGUGGCCUCGGCCCAGCCCGUGUGCGGCUCUGACGGGCGCACGUAUGCCAGCGAGUGUGAAUUGCACGUCCAUGCCUGCACACGCCAGAUCAGCCUGCACGUGGCCUCGGCUGGACCCUGCCAGACCUGCGGAGACAGAGUGUGCGCCUUCGGGGCCGUGUGCUCAGCGGGGCGGUGCGUGUGUCCCCGGUGUGAGCGCCCUCCGCCCGGCCCCGUGUGUGGCAGCGACGGCCUGACCUACCGCAGUUCUUGCGAGCUCCGCGAGGCGGCCUGCCAGCAGCAGAUGCAGAUAGAGGAGGCCCGGGCGGGGCCGUGUGAGCAGGCCGAGUGCGGCUCGGGCGGCUCGGGCUCUGGAGAGCACGGUGAGUGUGAGCAGGAGCUGUGCCGGCAGCGAGGCGGCAUCUGGGACGAGGACUCGGAGGACGGGCCGUGCGUCUGCGACUUCAGCUGCCAGAGUGUCCUGAGGAGCCCGGUGUGCGGCUCGGACGGGGUCACCUACCGUGCCGAGUGUGAGCUGGAGAAGGCCAGGUGUGAAUCGCGGCCAGAGCUGUACGUCGUGUCCCGGGGAGCCUGCCGUGCCCCCACCUUGGCCCCGCUGCUGCCUGCGGUUCCCCUGCACUGCGCUCAGACCCCCUACGGCUGCUGCCAGGACAACAUCACUGCUGCCCGGGGCGUGGGCCUGGCUGGCUGCCCCAGCUUGUGCCAGUGCAACCCACACGGCUCCUACAGUGGCACCUGUGACCCGGCCACAGGCCAGUGCUCCUGCCGCCCGGGCGUGGGGGGCCUCAAGUGUGACCGCUGUGAGCCCGGCUUCUGGAACUUCCGUGGUAUCGUCAUCGAUGGCCGGAGCGGCUGUACCCCCUGCAGCUGUGACCCCCAGGGUGCCGUGCGGGACGACUGUGAGCAGAUGACCGGGCUGUGCUCCUGUAAGCCUGGGGUGGCAGGACCCAAGUGCGGGCAGUGUCCAGACGGCCGUGCCCUGGGCCCUGCUGGCUGUGAACCAGACUCUUCGGCACCCAAGACCUGUGCUGAGAUGCCUUGUGAGUUCGGGGCGUCCUGCGUGGAGGAGGCUGGCUCCGCCCACUGCGUGUGCCCAACACCCGCCUGUCCAGGGGCCAAUGCUACCAAGGUCUGUGGGUCAGAUGGAGUCACCUAUGGCAACGAGUGCCAGCUGAGGACCAUCGCCUGCCGCCAGGGCUUGGACAUCUCUAUCCAGAGCCUCGGCCCUUGCCAGGAAGACAUCACUUCCGGCCCCCGUCCGACAUCCGCAUCUGUGGCCACCUCAGGGCUUGACCUGAGCAAGGCACUGUUGCCUCCACCCAGCGCCCUCUCCCUGGCUCCCAGCAGUACCCCUCGCAGCCGGCCCACCUCUCGACCCGCAUCACAACCUUGGACCACCGCCAGCAUCCCCAGGACCGCUGCAAGGCCCGUGCUGACCAUGCCUCCCACGGCCCCCUCCAUGGCAGCCAGCCUCGCCACAUCCGCCUUUGGCGAAUCUGGCAGCGCUGAUGGGAGCGGUGACGAGGAGCUGAGUGGUGACUUGGAGGCCAGUGGGGCUGGCUCAGGAGGACUCGAGCCUCCUGAGAGAGACAGCGCUGGGACCCCCGGGCCACCCAUGGAGAGGGCUUCGUGCUACAACUCGCCUAUGGGCUGCUGCUCAGAUGGCAAGACGCCCUCACUGGACGCAGAGGGCUCCAACUGUCCUGCCACCAAGGUGUUCCAGGGUGUGCUGGAGCUCGAGGGGGUCGAGGGGCAGGAGCUGUUCUACACGCCGGAGAUGGCUGACCCCAAGUCCGAGCUGUUUGGAGAGACCGCCAGGAGCAUCGAGAGUGUGCUGGAUGACCUCUUCCGGAACUCGGACGUUAAGAAGGACUUUCGAAGUGUCCGCCUGCGGGACUUGGGGCCCGGCAACUCCGUCCGAGCCAUUGUGGACGUGCACUUCGACCCCACCACAGCCUUCAGGGCACCCGAUGUGUGCCAGGCCCUGGUCCGGCAGAUCCAGGCAUCCAGGCGCCGGUCCUUGGGCGUGAGGCGGCCUCUGCAGGAACACGUGCGGUUCAUGGACUUCGACUGGCUUCCUGCGUUCUUCACGGGAGCCACCCCUGCUGCAGCCACGGCCAGAGCCACCACUGUGGCCCGCCUGCCACCUUCGGCUGUGACCCCUAGGGCCCUCCAUCCCAGUCACACGAGCCGGCCCGUCAGCAGGACCACAGUGCCCUUCACCGCGCGCCAGCCCCCCACCCCUGCCCCCAGCCGCACGCCUGCACGCCGGCCCCCGCCCCCAGGCACCCAGCAGCCCCCACGUCCCUGUGACUCCCAGCCCUGCCUCCACGGGGGGACCUGCCAGGACCAGGGCUCAGGUGGAGACUUCACCUGCCGCUGCACGGCGGGCAGGGGGGGCGCCGUCUGUGAGAAGGCACUGCGCCCCUCCGUGCCGGCCUUCGGGGGCCACUCCUUCCUGGCCUUCCCCACCCUCCGUGCCUACCACACCCUGCGCCUGGCGCUUGAAUUCCGGGCGCUGGAGCCCCAGGGUCUGCUGCUCUACAACGGCAAUGCCCGGGGCAAGGACUUCCUGGCACUGGCGUUGCUGGGGGGCCGCGUGCAGCUCAGGUUCGACACAGGUUCGGGGCCCGCGGUGCUGACCAGCUCAGUGCCCGUGCAGCCCGGCCGGUGGCAUCACCUGGAGCUGUCUCGGCACUGGCGCCAGGGCACUCUCUCGGUGGACGGUGAGACCCCUGUCCUGGGCCAGAGCCCCAGUGGCACUGACGGCCUCAACCUGGACAUGGACCUUUUUGUGGGUGGCGUCCCGGAGGACCAGGCUUCCGUGGUGCUCGAGCGGACCUCUGUCGGCGUCGGUCUUAGGGGCUGUAUCCGCUUGCUGGGCGUCAACAACCAGCAGCUGGAGCUGAGUGACUGGCAGGGGUCUGCGACCCGAAGCUCCGGAGUGGGCGAGUGCAGGGACCACCCCUGUGUGCCUAACCCCUGCCUCGGCGGGGCCCCGUGCCAGGCCCUGGAGGCCGGCAUGUUCCACUGUCGGUGCCUACCCGGCCGCUUUGGCCCGACCUGUGCUGACGAGAAGGACCCUUGUCAGCCGAACCCCUGCCAUGGGGCAGCCCCCUGCCGCGUGCUGCCCCAGGGCGAGGCCAAGUGCGAGUGCCCCCGGGGCCGGGAGGGCAGCCUCUGCCAGACAGCCUCAGAGCGGGAGGAUAGCCAGCCUUUCCUGGCCGACUUCAACAGCUUCUCCUACCUGGAGCUGAAAGGCCUGCAGGCCUUUGAGCGGGACCUGGGGGAGAAGAUGGCGCUGGAGGUGGUGUUCCUGGCCCGGGGCCCCAGCGGCCUGCUCCUCUACAAUGGGCAGAAGACAGACGGCAAGGGCGACUUUGUGUCGCUGGCACUGCACGACCGUGUCCUGGAGUUCCGCUACGACUUGGGCAAGGGGGCAGCGGUCAUCAGGAGCAAGGAGCCAGUGGCCCUGGGCGCUUGGACCAGGGUCUCCCUGGAGCGAAACGGACGCAAAGGAGCCAUGCGGGUCGACGAUGGGCCCCGUGUGCUGGGGGAGUCCCCGAAAUCCCGCAAGGUGCCGCACACCGUCCUCAACCUGAAGGAGCCGCUCUACGUGGGGGGCGCCCCUGACUUCAGCAAGCUGGCCCGGGCGGCCGCCGUGCCCUCCGGCUUCGAUGGCGCCAUCCAGCUGGUCUCCCUGAACGGCCGCCAGCUGCUGACCCGGGAGCACGUGGUGCGGGCGGUGGACGUCUCGUCCUUUGCAGGCCACCCUUGUACCCGGGCCGAGGGUCACCCUUGCCUCCACGGGGCCUCCUGUCUCCCUCGGGGGGCCUCCUACGAGUGCCUGUGUCCUGGGGGCUUCUCGGGGCUGCACUGCGAGAAGGGCCUGAUUGAGAAGUCGGCCGGGGACCUGGACACACUGGCCUUUGACGGACGGACCUACAUCGAGUACCUCAACGCCGUGACAGAGAGCGAACUGACCAAUGAGAUCCCAGCCGAGAAGGCGCUACGGAGCAACCACUUUGAGCUGAGCCUGCGCACCGAGGCCACGCAGGGGCUGGUGCUGUGGAGUGGCAGAGCCACGGAGCGGGCCGACUACAUCGCACUGGCCAUCGUGGACGGGCGCCUGCAGCUGGCUUACGACCUGGGCUCCCAGCCCAUGGUGCUGCGCUCCACCGUACCAGUCAGCACCAACCGCUGGUUGCGGGUCAGGGCACACAGGGAACAGAGGGAAGGCUCCCUUCAGGUGGGCAACGAGGCCCCUGUGACUGGUUCCUCCCCACUGGGUGCCACGCAGCUGGACACAGACGGAGCCCUGUGGCUGGGUGGCCUAGAGAAGCUGCCUGUGGGCCAGGCCCUGCCCAAGGCCUACGGCACGGGCUUCGUGGGCUGCCUGCGGGACGUGGUGGUGGGUCGGCGCCCGCUGCACCUGCUGGAGGACGCCGUCACCAAGCCGGCGCUUCGGCCCUGUCCUGCCCCGUGAGCCACAAUGCAGCCACGACCCACCCUGCUGUAAUUAUUUUCUAUUUUUGUAAACUUGUUGCUUUUUUGAUAUGA